CUCUCUCCUUCCUCUUUUUCUUCUCAUCCCUCACUCUCCAGCUCUUUCUCUGGUAUUAGGUUCCCCUGCUCCUCUUCUGCUGUGUCGCAGAUUUGGCUUUGGAUACAUGCAGCAUUUCAGUUGUGUCUCUGGCUCUCUCUUUCCCCUUUUGUAGCUCCUGUAGGUGGCAGGAACAUUGGGUAGGGAGGAAGCUUGGCAGCUUUCUCUCUGCAGGCCCCCCCUUUCCCUCUUUUGCCUGCCUAUCCGUGAAUGGCUGCCAUCCGCUGGCAGACCCACAGUAUCUCUGUGUGGCUAGUUUUUGUGUGUGUAUGUUUGUGUGUUAGCCUUGCUGCUGCACAAUCACAGAACCGGCCAUCCCCGCACAGACUGUCUCCACUUUGGUUUGUGUAGGCCAGUGUUCACUCCAGUCUUCGCCAGUGGCCUUGUGAGAUUUGUUACAUUGGAAUGGUAGUGCAUCUCUCACUUGUGCCUAUUCUUAGUGGUAUGUCCUCAUGGUCUGUUGUGUUUGGAUACCCUGACAACUAGAAGCUGUGAGGUAACCACUUUCCAGCCUGCUGCGUCUCUGAACCCCCAGCGACAUGAUGCCCAAGAGGGACCAUGAGAGGGACUUGGAGCUGGACAAGAAGAUUGAAGCUCUCCGCAGGAAGAAUGAAGCGCUCAUGAAGAGGUAUAAGGAGGUGGAGGAGGACAAGAAAAGAGCAGAAGAAGAAGGAAUGGCGCUGCAGAGCCGCAAGGGCAAAGCUGAUGAUCUAACUAUCACAAUCAACAAGUCCACCAGUGAGAGUCGUGUGGUGGUGACAAAGCCAUUCAGCAGUGGUCCACCAGCUGGAAAAGGACAGCAAGAUGCUGGGCCUGACAAGGGGGUAGAGGGUCCUCUGCAGGGCACUGGACGGGGCCACAGGAAACAGCUAAUGGUCACUAUGGCUGGGAAAAAGGGUAAGCGAAUGGUGAGUGAGAAGCCAGAGAAGAAGCCGGGCCCUGCAGUUGUUAAAAGCCCUACAGAUGAUGGACAGGCCAAGCGUGUGCAGUCAGCAGGGAGGGUGAAGCAGCAACUUCACAUGACCAAGAAAGAGACAACAGUGCAGGAGUCAGAGACCUCACAGGCCACCACAGACCUCAACAUCCCCACAUCGAAAGAGGAGCAGGAGGAGUAUCUGAGGUGGAAGAAAGAGCGCGAGCAGAUCGACAGGGAGAGAGUGGCACGCCAUAAAAAUGCUAAGGGCCAGUGGAGACGGGCAUGGGACAUGGAUAAAACUGAGAACAUGUUUUCAGACAAAUCCCUGCCUGACAGAGACUGGGGGACCUCUAGCAGAGGUGGAAAAAAUACUAGAAAAGGACAAUCCAGGGCAGGCGCUGAUUCAAGAGGUCAUGAGAAACAAGGCAAAGACAAGGGAGCUAAAAAUGUGCUAGUGAUGAGCAGUAAAGCAAAAGGCAAAGAUCGUCUGACUGGGAGGGCCAGGAGAUGGCAGGUGAAUGAAGAAGGAGAGAGCUUAAAGGCAUGUGAUACAACAUUGGAGGAAUUCUUAGAGGAACUCGAUGCCCUCACAGACACUGAAGCAGAGGAUCAGAAAGAUCAGGACUCAAAAACCAAGCUGUUGCCCGGCCGAGAGUUUUUGGGCACAUCUGUGGAAGUGAGUGGAUCCACAGUUCCUGCUGCUACCUUGAGAGAGGACUCCCCCACACCGGGGAAGGCAGAGUCCUCGUCCCCUCGGGGAUCGGAGAAAAAAGUUCGCUUCUCAGAGAAACUCAUUCAUCGGGCUCAUACGAGGCAAACCUCAGGCCCUCAGGACUCUGUCAGCUCAGAAUCCAGAAGUCCGAGUUCCUUAAAAAUGCCCUCACCUAAAAAGAACAAACAUGAAAUGCAGGGGCCACAGCAGCCUCUUGAAAGUGCCAAGCAGAAUGAUGGUAGUCCUCAGGAUCAGGGAGGUGGUCUGUCUGCUUCUGCUGUUACCCCAGCUAAUAACAUUGACUGUACUAAAAAGGAAAGCCCCCAGUCCACAGCUCCAGGCUCCCUCCCGGCUGAAAAAGCCUGUGCUUCUUUACAGGAGAGCUCUCUCCAGCCUGUAGAACUUACAAAGUGCAACAUGAGCAACACAAACACAGAGGAACUCAUAGACUCUGGUCUGUCUGUUCUGAGCCUGGAGCCAGAAGAGACACACCCACCACACUCCACCAGCAGUGACAAGGUCAGUGUGAGACAAGAAGAGGAAUGGCAAAAUCAAUAGAUGUGUAAAUGGUCUAAUGGAGGGAAGUGCAAAUGGAUGAGGCAAUAAAUGGAAGAAGAUGGAGAAAGAGGCAGUAAAUCUGCAUUGCAGUUGUCUAAUAUUCAAUUUCAGUUUAAAUGUGUUCACCACCACUUAUGUCUGAGUGCAGGAGUAAUGGUCUCAUGAGAGAAUGCCCCUUCAACUCGUCUAGCACCGGACCACCCUGAAAAUAUAUGACCACUUGCUUAUUAUUAUUCAUAUAGAGAAGAGAAGCGAUGUGACUUAUGGAAACUUUUGAACUAAUUCUUACUGUACUUGUACUUUUUCUCAGGCACGAGAGCAUGGGAAGGUUGUUUGACUGACAUUUUCAAGAUGUAAAUACUGAAACCAAAACCCAGCGACACAGAGCCUUGCCUCCCCUUUGUUUGGAUGCAUCAUUUUGCUUCAGGUAGCUCAUUUGAAAUACCCCAUUUAUGGCUUGCCUACAAAACCAUGGUUUAAUUUUGUUGUGGUGUGUUCUACACACUGAAGUUUUCAAAAGUCUCAGAUUUAAUGUAGGAAUGGUGAACAUUUUCCCUGUUCAAAUAUUUUUUACAUCCAAGCACUUUAUCAGCCUAAAAAUAAGUGUAGUGACACAGAAUGUUAGUACGCUGACCGAGUGCAAUAUCAUUGAAUGUUUACAUUUGUAUAAAAAUGUCCAGAUACAUAUCAGGAGUCUAGCUAAUCAGUUUAACUUCGGUAGCCCUUGACAAGAAACUCAGCCACAUUUAAAUGAUCCUGUGCCUGAUUUUGCCUUAUGGGUAUUUUCAAAACUGAAAUAGUCUGUAUUCUAUGGCGAUACAGCAGUGACAGAUCUACAGUCUAUAUUUCUUCACUCAGAUCUGUGUGAGCAGAUGUUAUUUAUUAACCUCUUCCAGCAUCAGUCAGUGGCUUUUCAUGAAUCAAAAAUCAAUGUAUAAUUGAAGGUCACAUUUGAGACUUAUUGUCUUAUUGGCCACCUACCACUGCAAUGUUAGGUUUAUAAACUAUUACUACUGUAUUGCCAUAAAUGGUUUUGUUAUUAAGAAACUUUAGAGGGGCACUCCACUGAUUUUACACAUCACGCUCAGUUUCCUCAUCAUGGCCAGCACUACCUUUUCAAGUCUGACAGAAUAACCUCGACGAUGUCAUAGCGAUAUCAGCAAGGUCUUAAUAAAGAAAUCACUCAUUUAUAACAAAGCCUGUUUUAUAAACUCGUGGUGUGAGGUUUGCCAGGCAGAGAGGCUCUAACAAAAAAUGCUCUCGCAUUGAAUUAUGAGAAAUGGAGUCUCCAGUGCAUUUGGAGCUAGCCAUACUCUGGACUAACAGGAUAUCACAGCCUCUGCUGCACAGACUCACACAUGCAGAUUUAAGUCACUGGAGUACCCCUUUAAGGUGAAGCUAACAGUCUUCUAAUAUCAGAAUAAAUAUUAAUAAAAUAAAAACAUUGCUGUUUUAAAAGCCGUCGUGAUACUGUAAAACUAAAUUGUCAAACAUGCCCUUUAACAUACUGCUACUGUGUUCCCUGAAGUUGGUACCAUUUUACAGCUGAAUCCCCAUUAUCUGGUCUUCCAACGAUUUUUAUUUGGGCACUAAAAAGUACUUUUUAAUAGUUAGCUCAUACUGUUUUUGAAUAUUCAGUGUUAUAAGAGUCCCAGUGCAGAAGGGUGGAGCAGUCUCCAAUCUUUUUCUCUACUGGGGGUUUUGGCACCUUCAGGACCAACUGACUUGAGCUGUUAAAAAGAAAUCAUGCACAUCUAUGAGUGUUUAGUCUUUAGUCCACAGUGAAACACUGGGACUCAGCUGUAAUUCUCUUGUGGCACUGUUUUGUCAUUUGUUCUGUUUUAUAAUCAUGAAAGUCAACAAAUGUUUUUAAAAAGCUUCCUUGUGAAGAAUGUAGCCAGUGCUGUGCCUUGCAUAUUGGCUUCUGAAAAUACUGAAGGUGCACCUUUAUUUCAUGGUUCAUGUAAUAACAGUGUUAAAUGUACUGUACUAAGAGUGCAGCAUCAGUAUUGCUUUUAUUUAUUUGCAUCUCUGUCUGGACAGCAGAAUGCUACCUAGAAGGGGUUUUAAACAAUCUAGAUGGAUUAUACAGUAGUAGCUGUUUUUUCUGACAUGGAUGAAUUUGAUUUUAUUUAUUGCCAGUCUACUAUUUUAUUUUUGGUGUCAGUGACAGCUAUAAUAAGAAGCAUGAGAAAAACGACGUCCUUAAAGACGGUUCUCGCUCUGGUCUAUAGUAAACAGUUAUGUAACUGUACAUAGAGAACAUAGUGGGCAUGCUCUUAGCUGCAGAGGCCAGUCAGAAAAUGCAAAUAGUCAUUCAUCUAGCAGAGGCACACUGGGAAAAGCAAGAAGCAAGUCACAAUGUUUAAAUUCACUAUAGCCAUCAAGGAAGAAGAUCUGCUGUUUUGAGUUGAUUUAAUAAGUGUGUGUGUUUGGGGCGAGAGGCGGGGUACACCCUGGACAGGUUGCCAGUUUAUUUUAAUUCCCUGUGGGACAGGAUUCAGUUUAGUCAAAUUAAAUUUAGGACCCAGGGCCAGAGAGCUGUUUAUUCUUAAAUAUGACUUAAUAAUUUAGGUUUUGGACAUCUGCAUUAUCGCUGCAAUUAAAUAAGAAUUUUAAGAGGGGGUUGUGAUUGUCUUGCUCCACCUGGGUGUCUAUUGCUGUCCUGUGUGUUUUCACAUACAGUACACUCAUAAGGAAGGAAUAAAUGUGUGUGUGCCUGUGUAUGAGUGUGUGUCAAGGUGUGAUCCCAGCUUUUUACUGUUCAGAUUGCUAAUUUAAGUCUAUGUGCAGCACAGCUUCAUUUACUGUGCAACAAUUUGGAAAGAAGGAGACAUACAGAACAUCAAUAAAGUUUUCUGUAUUUUAAACUCUGAUCAUGACUUGCUAUUACUUUUAUUUGCCCUGUCCUCUCCCCCGCCUUCCUCUGUGUGAUGCAGCUGUGAUAACACCACAGAUGAGUUUGAAUCUUCUCAGUCUUUAUGUAUUAACAAACAUACAAGGCCACUGUAGGGAGUCUCAGAGACAAAAGGGGCAGAUACUGUAUGCAGAGCGCACUGCAGCAGUCCACAAAGACUGAACUGAGCUGGAUUAGAUUAAUUUCUGAUGAGCUCUCUGUAGGGCUGUUGCACUGGAAACAGCUCUUUCUCAACCCUACAGGUGGGACCUCCCAUAGCUGCUACUGUUUUAAUUAUCUCCUCCUAAGGCUGUUAUUGUAAUUGCCUCCUGCCACCGACGCUUAUGUUCCUGUGACUGGGGUUACAGUGCACGGCAGCUUUGCUCUCCUCCAGGCUGAACUGAAAUGCUUUGCUUUCUUUAGUUAUUCUUUUCAGUACUACCUUGAAGGUUUCGGGCCCCUUCAAAUGAGAUUAUAAAACUUGCUGUCUCACUCAGUUGCUAAGCUAGCAAAUAAUUUGAAGGGUCUGAUGCAGUAGUACACUACAGUGGAGGUGUUGAUAUUAUGGACAAAAGGCCUGUAGGCUGUUAGGGGAUUGAAGUGCAGUUUAGGGUUAUGCCAGCUCCACUGUAAAGAGAAACUUCAGAAGCUUGGCCUCCUUCAGAAAAAUCAAACUCAACUUUUGACCAAAGCAGCCUUUAACCACUAUGCUGCUGAGGCCUUGUCAUUGAGGAUCACUCCGGAUCCUGUUUUUGUGUGGCAACAGAGGGACUGUGGCUUGUCAAAAUUUGACUGGAAAAUGAUUUGGGUCAUAAAUGAGCCAUGAGCCAUGACACCAGUCUGCUGUGGAAAACAUUAGUAUAAAAGAAUAGUUUGAGAUUUUGGUAAAAACAUUCCCAAAACAUGUAAUAAGAGUUAGAUGAAAAGGUGAAAACCAUUCUCACACCUGCUGGGUAAAUUUGAAUCUACAGCCUGUAACCAGUUAUUUUAGCAUAAAGCCUGUAAACAGCUAGGAUGGUGCUGUCCAAAGGUAGCAGUGCUCCUCUACCAGCACCACUGGAGUUAUCUUAUCAUUAUCUUUACAUUACAUUCAUGUGACAACAUUUCUUCCCCAAAACCAUGACUUUAAGUUAAAAUCUGAAUCAUGGGUUUGUGAUGCCUUUUAUCAACCUUGGUUUAAACACAGUGAAGUAACAGAUGGAGGUUGUCAAGGUGUUUCAUUAUCACUGAUGAAUGUAAGUUAAGUGGAAGCGAGGUCUGUCCUGGUCUUGCGAUCCUGGUAGAAUCUCUCCCAGACAGGGUGUCAAUCCCCAGUGAGCCCUGUCAUGGUUCAGGAUGAGACGACCACAUGUCAGCAGCUGCCCUGAUCAGGGAGAGUGUGUGGUUUCCCCCACACCCCACUCUCUCUUUCUCUCCAAGAUGUCUAUGUACUGCUUGCCAUAUUGACUGGGAGUCAGUCUCUUUUGUCAGCAUCAUCUAAUAAAGCUAAUCAAAUGCCUGGCAGUAUAAACAAAGUUAUGUGUGUGACUGUAGGAUCAUUAGUUUGACAUU